AUGUCAUCGUUAUUGCCGCCUGAACUCUGGCAAGAGGUCUUCACAUGUCUCCCCGAAGACACUACGCGGACAUGCCUCUCUGUAUCGAAAGUAUUUCACGACAUUUCUCUGCGAUUUAUGUUCCGCAGCGUCACAAUCUUCUUUGGCGCAUGGGAGUCUGCUGAGGCGAAGGAGGACGUGUACGACGCGGAUAAAGUGAUACUGGAUGCGCUGGAGGACGAUAGAUCCUCCAUGUCGUCCGCGAUCCUGCAUCGCAUAGCUAGUGAUCCGUCGUUCGCUGUCAUCGUGCGUUCGAUCGAUGUCCACGCAUACAAGCGUGAUGGCGCCAGAGGCGCGUUCGAGCGAGGAUGCCUGAUAGAAGCGAUACACUGCCUACAUAAUCUACGUUCGUUCACCUGGCAUGGUUCGGCACCGCGCCUUACACCACAGGUUAUUGACGCUCUCAUAUCGUCGUGUACACUGCUGCGACACUUCUCCGCGCCACUCUCAACGCUGUCAGAACUGCCGCUGACGAAGCUGGAGAGGCUACGGUCUAUUGGUUUUACAUGGAAGUGGUUCUAUGACACUACUCGAGGCCAGCGCUCGCGACUCGCUCCCGAAUCCCGGGACCUCGAGAUUCGCUAUGGAGAUCUGAAAGAACUCCAGAUGCCCUACACCUCGCCCGCGAACAUCCCUCUGACUCGGCUCCCUCUGCUCACGCACCUCGAGCUCCUAUCGAUACAAUCCCUGGAGGACUUCGGACCCAUCAUACGCCGCGUUCCGCAGCUCGAGUCACUCUCGGUCUUCUGCACCAGGCGCCAGUACGACAAGCUGUUCGAGGCGCUCGCCUUCCUCAAGUCCGACCUCCCGAACCUGCACUCGCUCUGUCUCCUAUCCCGCCGGGAGGGCGCAUUGGACCCAGCGCACGUGCAGAUCCUCGUAGACUUCCUCAAGGAUCGGAAGUGUCUCCGCCGCUUCCGCUCGACGUUCAAGUUCGCCAACGGCACGCAUUCGCAUUUCGUUUGGGCCAUAUCAUUCCUGGUCAACCUCGAGGCGGUGCACUGGGACUUGCUCUCGGGGAACAUCACCCAGAUGUUCAUACAAAUUUUCGUGCAGCACAUCCCUUCCAGCAUGCUCGCACUCAGUCUCGCUACGGCGGGCUCCCUCGGGAAGACCGAGCCCUUCGUCUAUCUGUGGAGGCACUGCCCAGACCUGCGGUUCCUCUAUAUCCGCACAUGGGGCUCCGAGGAUGAGCCCAUCGAGCAGCUUCUGGAAGGCGCGAAGAGCCUGCAGGUCAUCGGGUACAAUGGCAAGUUCUACAAUGUCAAGCGGCAAGACGGGCAGCUCAGCCUGUCGCCCGCGUGGUCCGCGCGUAAGGUCGCUUUUCGCGGCCUGAGAGACUUUGGGCCUGGAUGUGACAGUGGGGAAUGGCUGAUGAGGGGGUUGCGGAUCAGGAACGAUGCAGAAGAGGAAGCGCAGUAA